CACGUCUCUGGUUCCCGGCUCUCGAUUGAUCUGGCCAGUACCCUUGUUUCGACAAGUGAUCAACCCGUUCUUGUAUCAAUUACGUACCGACACAAUGGGUAUGUGGCUCACCUUUUGGCAGUUAUCGCCAAUUGACUCUCCGGACUAUAUAGCUGACCUGGGUUGCUAUAACAGUACAUGCCGUUCCUUCACCACCGCCGAGGUCCACGGCGGUGUCAAAGACCUCAUAUACUCCCAAUGGCGAUCACCAUGCCAUUCCGGUGUCGUCCACCUCGCAUCCGGAUAACCCGGUGCCAGAAGAACCUCGCGGUGUGAGGUCACUGUCGGUGACGGAUAUGAGCUUCCAUGUUUCGUCCGCGGAAACCGAUAGCACUCCUAGUUCGGGAUCCCCGUCGACUGUUCCUACUGAGCCUCAGUCGGACGCUGAAGACCUGACCGAGAAGUCAGAGGAAAAUGGCACCGGCCAUCGACGCCGAGCCUCGACCGUGCUUAUCUCUCAGAAUGCCGCCGAUAUGCAACGAGUCCUGCAAAAUGUUGGCGCUCCAGGCACACAGAAGAUUCAGCCGUUGUGUUGCGGCGGUGGAUGCUGCCGUAGCCAGCCCCUGAUCCGAGGUGACGGACCUGUCUCCGGCAUCGUUGUGACUCCACCUCAGAAUCAAGCCUAUGACGCUCUCAAGCUGAACGUCGAUCUCCUUACGGUGGAUAGUGAGCUCACCGAUGUUGUUGACCUUCCCGCAAAGACGGUAUCCUUUGCAGCGAUCCCUGCAUCGGCUGUGGAGAUGCAACUUGGACCAAAGGAUCACCCCCCUCCCUUCGUCCAACCCCACCCCCCGUACAAUGUAUACCGCGCUCCCCUGCACCACGCGCGAGAACUCACCAAGGCCGGUGCGGAGAAACGGACCUACCACUUCGACAUCGACGUGACCGACUACCCUGCGGAAAGUGGCAACGUGGACUUUGUUGUUGGCGGUGCAAUCGGCGUAUGUCCGAUGAACAAAGAGGAGGAGGUCGACGAUAUCUUCAACUGCCUUGGAGUUCCCAAAUCGAUCCGUGAUAAGAAGAUUAUAGUGCGCACAAGCACGGGCCGAUGGCCCACUAUCUGGGGUGACGACCAAGCCCGUGAAUUGAUCACAACGCGCAGAGAGCUCCUGAACUGGUGCUCAGAUAUCCAGAGUUACUCACCCUCGAAGGAACUGUUCCGUCUUUUGGGUGAAUACGCCAGCGAGCCAAACGAAAAGAAGAUUCUCAUGUUCCUCGCCUCCGCCCAGGGCCAAGGCGCCUUCUGUGAUCUCCGUACCGCCUCUCAUGUCUCCGUGUCUCAACUCCUACACGCAUUCCCCUCCUCUCAGCCACCUUUGGACCAUCUUCUUUCCGUUCUCAACACCCUGAUGCCCCGCUUUUACUCUCUUUCUCAGGACCCCCUCCUCUCCUCCGCCCAAAAAGAUGGCCAAUCCCGCCGUCUCGUCGAAGUUGCCGUCAGUGUGGCAGAGUCCAAUGACUGGAAGGGCGGAUUGCGAACCGGUGUAGGAUCUGGAUAUCUUGAGCGGCUGGCACGACAAGUGGUCGAGGCAGAGCGUCAGGGCAUCGACCCGUCGACUCUCAACCUUUAUGUCCCCAUGUUCCGAGGCCUGAUGGCCAACCCACUGGCUAAGCGGUUCCAUUCGGACGGCCCCAUGCUCCUGAUUGGUGCUGGUGUGGGCAUUGCUCCCUUCCGUGGUUUCGUCCAGCGCCGUUUGCAGUCGGCCAACUGCGCCAACAAGGUGUGGGUUCUGCAAGGUGUGCGUGAUUCCCUGCUGGACGAGCUCUAUCGCGGCGAAUGGGGCGUCGAUGAGGAGAAGGUCCGAACCGUGGUGCAGAGCCGUCGCGGUGAAAGCAAGUACGUCCAGGAAGAGGUCCGUCAUCAAGCCGACCUGGUCUGGUACGUUAUCAACGCGCUGGACGGACGUGUCUUUGUUUGCGGUAGCGGCAAGGGCAUGGGCGAGGGCGUUGAGGCUGCUCUCGUUGAUGUGGCUAUGGCCAAGGGCAACCUCAACGAAGAGGAGGCCAAAUUGUUCUGGGACAACAAGAAGGAAGCUGGCCAGUACAUUGCUGAAACCUGGUGAUGGCAUAUAUAUCUUUCUCGAAGUACAGUCGAGCUGGAUUGAACUCGGCAGUUUAUACAUUAUUUGGGUCUGGUAUAUUGGUUUACCGCAUGCAUUUGGGAUGUAUAUUCGGACUUUUGGGUUGCGUACAUUUGUGUGAUUCUUUGUUUGGUUGAUAUUAGCGGGUGGAUUUCUGGUUACCUGGUUGAGCCGGGCUUUUUCUUACUAUCAAAACUAUGGUUGUUACAUCAUAGAUUAUCUGGUAGCAAUACCUCAUGGACAUAUUAUUGGGUUAAAACUUCCUCAUUACAACUCGAGACAUUCUAUAUGAAGACCUCAAAGAUCUAUGUACACGGCAAAGGCAAUACCUACAUAAACUCCACACAUUGCCACCGGCCUCUACUAGUGUAAACCUGAACUUUUCUUACUAAAUUCAGAAACCUUCAUUGGUAAACUCGUAGAGCGGACGGUACCCUGUCUUUCCACAUCCUAGGCACCUAUUCUAGGGGUCAGAUGAUACAAAGCCCUUUUUACCAAAAGACCACAAUUACCCGCGAGAUAUCUCUUGAGGGUCCUAGAACCUACUAAGUAGCACACUAGAUAGCCAAGGUCACCGCGUGCCCUACACUGACCCUAAGUAGCCAGGACGCAUAUCAACCCUAACCACGAACCAGGGCUCUCUUACCCGAGCAGUAAUC